AUGUUCUUUCUCUACCCACAGAUGGAGAGGUCCCCAGAGUUGGCCAACAUGACCAGGGUUCAGCAAUUCAUCUUGCUGGGCUUGUCCACUAGGCUGGAGAUAAGACAUACCUUGUUUGCCGUCUUCCUGACCCUCUACCUGCUGACUCUCCUGGAGAACACGCUCAUCAUCUACCUCAUCUGCAGUCACAGCGAGCUCCACAAGCCCAUGUACUUCUUCCUGGGCAACCUCAGCUGCCUGGAGAUGUGUUACAUGUCAGUGACCAUGCCCAGCUUGCUCGGGGGUCUGUGGAAUGGAGUCUAUCAUAUCUCCUUCAUAGCCUGCAUGACCCAACUCUUCUUUUUCAUCGUCCUUGUUGGUACAGAAUGUAUCCUUCUGGCCUCCAUGGCUUAUGACCGAUAUGUGGCCAUCUGUCGCCCCUUGCACUACCCACUAUUUAUGAGGCCCCAGGUCUGCCUGGGCUUGGCCAUGACUUCCUGGCUAGGUGGGCUUGUGGUCUCCAUGGUCAAGACUACAUUCAUUGCCACCCUUUCUUACUGUGGCCCCAAUGUUCUCAACCACUUCUUCUGUGACGUCUCCCCUCUACUCAACCUGUCCUGCACCCAUGUGGCCCUCACAGAGCUGGUGGACUUCAUCGCUGCCAUUGUCAUCCUCUGGGGUUGCAUGCUCAUGACUAUAGCUUCCUAUUUGGCCAUUGGUAGGGCAGUUCUGAGCAUGCCUUCAACCACUGCCCGAUACAAAGCCUUCUCCACCUGUGCCUCCCACCUGGUAGUGGUGGGCAUCUUCUACUCAGCCACUAUCUUCAUCUACGCCCGUCCAAAACGUAUGGAAACUAUGGACCUCAACAAAGUGCUAUCUGUCAUCUACACAGUGGUCACCCCCAUGUGUAACCCCAUCAUCUACUGCUUGAGGAACAGAGAUGUGCAGGAAGCUUUCCACAGGACAUUGCACUGGUCCUGA